CGAAGUUUCAGCAGUGCUCAUGGAAAGCACAGGCAGCCAUGGCGGCCACUGAGAGAGACGCUCAGGACCCUCUAGAACCCCUCUCCAAACCCUUUCUGGCUGAAGCAUCUCCGAUUGCUCUCUUUUCUGCUCUGGCACCCUGGCUCUCUGCGUCCGCGCCUCUUGAUCUAGCUGGGGAGGACAAUGCUGACCAAAGUGAAAGCCUCAAACUCCAGCAGAAAGGGCAGAAACUUUUGGUCAGCCAAAUCCUGUGGCCAAAAAGUAAAGGAGACUUUGAGGAAAGCUUAUCUCUUAGUGGCGGAGUCGCACCACCACUAUCUGCCUGCAAAGCUAAAGGUUUGACAUUCUUGGCACUUUCCUUUGGGAGAAGGGCAGCUACUGCAGCACAGGGAAUUCAGUCAGAAGUGGAAGGGUAUGGGGGCGCCAAUACAAGAUGGGAGAUGGAGGAAGAGCUGACGCCCCGCGAGGCGGCUGCGCUGAUGUCAUCUGUGCCUGAUCGAGCUGGGCCUCAGGCACCGAAGCUCUUGCAAGCUCAGUUCUUCUUCCCACGACUGCUCCAGGGGUGCUUUUCUGCUCUGAACGCCCGAUGGUCGGAACUGGUGCGAGAGCAUCGGUCCAGCUACAGUGCCUGCGAGGCUGCUCUGACUGAUGGGACCUUCGAGUUUGUGUCGCAAGUCGUGGUUAAGAUGAGCCGGAGGGGCCAGGCAGAUCGAGCUGCCAACAGCACCCUGCUCGCUUUCCUGCGCUCCACCCCGGCCCCCCCCAGAACCCCUGGCGAAAUCCACCCCUCAGGAAGCGACCCGUCCCGUUUCCUCGACGGCAUGUGGCAUGCCCUCGCUUCUCUCGUCUCAAUCGACGCUGCCGCCACAGAAAGAUGGACAGAGUCGCUCCUCCGAGCAGCAGACAAGGCCCGGUUAAACGACUCUGCGGCAGAGGGGCUCCUCUGGGCCCUGUUUGGGAGACUGCUGCACUCGAGCCCUUCUGUCCGACAGCUCUUCACAGAGCGGUUACUGCUUCAGCGGGUCUUACCCCUCCGGUGCCUCCGGUGGUUAGUCCGGUUCAUUAUCGUCAACCCGCCUCCAAACCAAGAAGACGGGUCGGCUAGCAAUAUCUUGACGCCGAACCAGGAGCCAGGGAGAGUGCUGGGGCAAAUUGCGCAGGUUUGGGGGGGUCCCGAGUGGGUGCGAAACGCCCCCCUGCAGCAGCAGAGCCACGUGAGUGCGGCGCUUGCUCUCGGGAUUUCGGGCCUAACCAAGGAGGGUUUGGAGCAAACACCAGGUUUGCUGGGUUCUCUCCUCCAGGGGGUAAGCACCAGACUGGACAGCCCUAUCUGGGACACCCGGGGGCUGGGGAUGAGGGUCGCAACGGCGUUUUCCAUGGUUCUGGAUCCGCAAAACCCGCUCGUUUUCGACGAAGAGGUUAAAGUAACCGGGGAAGAGGACUGGAGCUGGCAGUCGUGGAACGCAAAACCUUCUAACCCGAAAAAGGCACUGGCGCAGCUCGAAAAAGAGGAGAAAGCCUGGGAACUAGAGGCGAGGAGUAUCUUGCGCGGAGCGAUUGGCGAGGAGAGAGAAGAGAACGAACGGAGCGGGAAAGCGGCGGAGCGCGAUGGAGGAGCAACGGCCUCGAUAAGCGGACGAGAGACUCUGUCCGGCACGGAACGGCCCCGGCUGAUCAUUGGCGACGACGCUGACACGCCCGAUGACAUCAUUCUCCCGGGCGCAUUUACACCGAAGUCCAAAACCUCCCCCUCCGACGCUUCCCCGAAGCGGCUCCUGAUCGAGGAGCUCCCCGGGCCGCCGCCCGAGCACGAGCCCGACAGCGAUGACGACAGCGUGACGUCACUCGAGCCGUACGACAUGGAGGAUGACGUGGCGGACCUGGACGGCGAGAAGGUGCCCACGCAGCUGAGGGAGUGCGCGGCGGCGCUCCGGAAAAAGGAGGACUGGGAGGGCGUGGAAAAGGCGCUGGCGGCGGCGGAGGGGCUCGUGCGGGCGGACCCCGACGAGCUGGGUGACGUCAGCUUGGAGCUCGCGCGGGCACUGUUGCACGUGAGGGUGUCGGAAUUUUCCAUAGACGGCGAAGAGGACCAGCAUGAGGAGCGCCGCUACAAGGCCCUUGUGGCGCUUCUCGCGCACGCAACGGCGCCCGUCGUUGCAUUCUUGACGAGCGAAGUGUUCUCGCCGCACCUAGACGUGCACCAGCGGCUGCUGAUCCUGGACGUGCUGCAAGGCGCCGCUCAGGAGCUUUCUGGGCUGCAAUCCCGCACGGUAACCGCCCCCCAACCCCCCUCCAUCGACCAAGCCCCCCCUCCUCCCCAAGCCCGCAACCCAACCCCCUGGAAAGAGAUCGACGCCCCGGGGGGGUCCGCCUGGUCUCACGCAUUUGAACGGAACCUCCCCCUCCGGGCGGAUCAAAAGCGGGUGGGGAAGAGCCGGUACUGGGGCAAAACUGACCGGGAAAAGAUAACCCGGGUGGUUAAGAACCGGUUUGCGCCGGUGGCUGCGGCGUUCAUGCUGCCGCUGAUGAGGGACUUUGAUAAGAGGUCGCACGGGGUGGACUGGCUGGGACGAGAAUUUCUGGUACUCGGCAGGUUUCUCCAUCUCCUCGGCACGCUCGUCGAGUGCUCCGCCCCCUCCAUUGAGACGCAGCCGCUCGCGGCCGCGCUACUGGACCUGCUCCGCGCGCGCGCCGUGUCCGGACACGUGGAGCCGUACGUCCGGCGCCAGGCGCUCUUCGCGGCCGCGUCCGUCCUGAUGACGCUAGCACCGGCCCAGGUCAUUGCGGCUCUGGUGGGCGACCAUUCGCCGGCCGCUGAUGGGCUGGAUUGGGUCAGGGGAUGGGCGGCCGAGGUCGCCGAGAACGACCCGGACGAGGCGUGCAGAGAGAUGGGCGAAGCCUGUCUCCAACUGCAAAGCAACCUAGCGACGCGCGCCAUGGAGCUCAUACAAGCGGGCGCGCCGACUGCCGCGAAUCCGGCGCUGCUUGCGUCGCUGUCGUCAUCAACAAGUGGAGGGCCAACGGUGCUGACGCAAGGUCCUCGGGUACAGAUGCUCGGAUAAGGGAGGGAGUUUGAAUGAAGAAAGAAACAGGAGGAGAGGGAUUCGGCAAGUGGCUUCGUCCCUGCUACUUAGGAAGUUGCAAUCAGGAGGUGGAAAAGAAAGAGACGUGGGGUGUGGGCAGACCGUAUUGAACUGCAGUCGUUUCCUGUGACGUGGCUAUGACACUGAGCUUUUUGCGCUUUUAACAACAGUCAAUAGUGCCCUUGAUCUGUGCAACUUACGGGCCUGGCUUCCCAAAUCAGCUGAGUCGCGAUGGGUGCGUCACCAAGGCACGGUGCCAUCACUUGUGACUCUGCUUAAUGGGACACAAGUGAUCGAAGGUUGCGUGCUACAAACUAGCACGCUGACGCAAAUUGAC